AUGCUGGAGUCUACCACCAUAACCCCUAAUGUCCCUAUGCUGGAGUCUACCACCAUAACCCCUAACGUUCAUAUGCUGGAGUCUACCACCAUAACACCUAAUGUCCCUAUGCUGGAGUCUACCACCAUAACCCCUAAUGUCCCUAUGCUGGAGUCUACCACCAUAACCCCUAAUGUCCCUAUGCUGGAGUCUACCACCAUAACCCCUAAUGUCCCUAUGCUGGAGUCUACCACCAUAACCCCUAAUGUCCCUAUGCUGGAGUCUACCACCAUAACCCCUAAUGUCCCUAUACUGGAGUCUACCACCAUAACCCCUAACGUUCAUAUGCUGGAGUCUACCACCAUAACCCCUAAUGUCCCUAUGCUGGAGUCUACCACCAUAACCCCUAAUGUCCCUAUGCUGGAGUCUACCACCAUAACCCCUAAUGUCCCUAUGCUGGAGUCUACCACCAUAACCCCUAACGUUCAUAUGCUGGAGUCUACCACCAUAACCCCUAAUGUCCCUAUGCUGGAGUCUACCACCAUAACCCCUAAUGUCCCUAUGCUGGAGUCUACCACCAUAAACCCUAAUGUCCCUAUGCUGGAGUCUACCACCAUAAACCCUAAUGUCCCUAUGCUGGAGUCUACCACCAUAAACCCUAAUGUCCCUAUGCUGGAGUCUACCGCCAUAACCCCUAAUGUCCCUAUGCUGGAGUCUACCCACCAUAACCCCUAA